ACUGCGAUAAGAACCGUUUUACCUGCACACAUCUAGAUAAUACCUACAGCUGCAGCCGGCAAUGUGAGACGAUAACCUUUGCGCGUCCGUGCCUGGGCAGAGCGGCAUGCAUUCAUUUGUGCGCCUGUUGACCCGACUCCUCAUCAACCCAAUGAGCGCAGUGGAGGGGAGGCUCUCUUCGCCACCGUGCAUCUCUCCUCCAUCUCUUCCUCACUUUUCCAGUCGGCCAGCAAGCCUGUAGGAGCUCUUAACUACAACACCAACACUGUCACUCCGCACUGACAAACUGCGGGAAGGAUUUCUAGCCGUUUGACUCUCCGGCUUUUGCUUAUUUAUCCACCGCCUCGAAUGAAACGCAUUGGAGUUUCUGGCGUUUUAAGGGGAGAAAUAAUGCAGCACUGGAAAAGGAUGCAAGUCUCACUAGUCCCCCCCUCGGAAUAAUGCCAAAUGGAUGCUGUGCUAAGAGAGUUACCCCCUCACCAAAUGCUAUGGAGGUAUGCCAAGGUGUGCAAGUGACCUUUACCACACCAUGAAUGCAAGCACUGCUGUUAAAGGAGGACACAAGUAACCUUUUCUUGUUAUCUAACAAGGAGCGGUUGAUCUGAAGAGAGGAGGGGGCAAACAACGCGGGGAGAAGAAUCCCGUAAAACAAACAAACAAACAAACAAACAAAACACACAGCGACAGGAUGCCAAAGCGGUCUGAGGAGAUGCUCAUGGAUCUGUGGCUGUCCUUGCUGCUGGUGUGGAUUACUUGUGUUCUGUCCGUGUCUAUGACUCCUAUCAUAGGCCAGUCCAAAAGUACACAAACUGGUGGGUCCGCAGUGGUGGCGAGCAGUGUUGGCGAAGGACAAAGAUUACUAAGCCGCGCCAAGAGAGGAUGGGUUUGGAAUCAAAUGUUUGUGCUGGAGGAAUUUUCUGGACCAGAUCCAAUUCUAGUUGGCAGGCUUCACACAGACAAGGUGGACAAUGACACAGCCAGAUACAGCCUUUCAGGUGAGGGGGCAGGCACCAUCUUUGCCAUCAAUGAGAAGACAGGUGACAUCCACGCGAUGAAGAGGUUGGACCGCGAGGAGAAGGCUGAAUACACACUAACCGCCAAAGUCACUAAUGGUAUUACAGGCCAGCUUCUGGAGCCCAUGACUGAGUUCAUCAUCAAAGUCCAGGACAUAAAUGACAAUGCACCAAAGUUCACCGAAGGCCCGUAUCAUGCCGCUGUUGAAGAAAUGUCUGCUGUUGGUACCUCAGUUAUCACAGUAACAGCUACAGAUGCCGAUGAUCCGGUGUACGGAAACAGCGCUAAGCUAGUCUACAGCAUACUGGAGGGACAACCAUAUUUCUCUGUUGACCCCAACUCAGCAACCAUAAGAAUUGCUCUGCAUGGGAUGGAUCGUGAGAUGAGAGAGGAUUAUCAGGUGGUCAUUCAAGCUAAAGACAUGGGAGGUCACAUGGGUGGUUUGUCUGGAACUACUACUGUCAGCAUCACACUACAAGACAUCAAUGACAAUCCACCAAAGUUCUCUAAAAGUUUGUAUGAGUUUGUGAUCCCUGAAGACCUACCAUUAGGGAAAGAGGGUGGCAAGGUGAAAGCAAAUGACCGCGACAUCGGUGAGAAUGCCAAGUCGACGUACAGCAUCAUCGAAGGAGACGACCAAGGCGUGUUUGAGAUUAUUACGAACGCAACGACACAGGAAGGGAUUCUACAGCUCAGAAAACCUUUAGACUAUGAGAGCAAGAGAAACUACACACUCAAAGUUGAAGCUACCAACAUCCGCUCAGAACCCAGGAGUAAUGGGCCCUUUAAGGACACAGCUACAGUGAAAAUUGUGGUUGAAGACUCAGAUGAGCCUCCUGUUUUCUCCAAACCUAUGUACUUAUUAGAAGUGGAUGAGAACGCGCCCAUCAACAAGAUCAUAGGCACAGUCACUGCCAGGGACCCGGAUGCUACUGGGAGCCCUAUCAGGUACUUCAUUGAUCGACACACAGAUCUGGAGAGGCAGUUCAACAUCAAUGUGGACAAUGGCAGGAUCACGCUGGCCAAACCAUUGGACAGAGAGACAGACAUGUGGCACAAUAUUACAGUAACAGCCACAGAAGUCAGAAAUCACAGUCAGAUAUCAAGGGCAGUUGUGGCCAUCAGAGUAAUGGACAUUAACGACAAUGCACCCGAAUUUGCCACCGAAUACGAGGCCUUUUUAUGUGAAAAUGGAAAGCCUGGACAGGUGAUCCAGACUGUCAGUGCGGUGGACAAAGAUGACCCAAUCCAGGGCCAUUACUUUGACUAUCGUUUAGUCCCUGAGAUGCUAAACAACCCCAAUUUUACCAUCAAAAACAACCAAGACAAUUCAAUCAGUGUCCUAGCCAAGCAUGAUACCUUCCGACGACAGAAACAGGAGAUGUACUUCCUGCCAAUCAUUGUGACGGACAAUGGGAAUCCGCCGAUGAGCAGCACCAACACCUUGACGAUCAGAGUCUGUGGGUGCAGUAAGGAUGGCAUUGUCCAGUCUUGCAACGUGGAGGCGUAUGUCUUACCCAUUGGACUUAGUAUGGGGGCUUUAAUUGCCAUCCUUGCCUGCAUUAUACUACUGCUAGUAAUAGUAGUACUAUUCGUGACCUUGAGGAGACACAAGAAUGAGCCUCUGAUUAUCAAGGAUGACGAAGAUGUGAGGGAGAAUAUUAUCCGUUAUGAUGAUGAAGGAGGAGGUGAAGAGGACACCGAAGCAUUUGACAUUGCCACGCUGCAGAACCCGGAUGGCAUCAAUGGGUACCUGCCACGCAAGGAUAUCAAGCCUGACCUGCAGUUUAUGCCACGGGCAGGUCAACAUUCGGGUCCAAAUGGUGUGGAUGUAGAUGAAUUCAUCAACGUACGGCUCCACGAGGCAGACAAUGAUCCAACAGCACCACCUUACGACUCCAUCCAGAUCUAUGGAUACGAGGGCCGGGGAUCCAUUGCUGGCUCCCUCAGCUCACUGGAGACAGCGUCAUCAGACUCUGACCAGAACUAUGACUAUCUCAGAGAAUGGGGUCCACGCUUCAGAAGACUUGGGGAGCUCUACUCUGUGGGUGAGAGUGACCGUGAGACCUGACCUUUGAUUUCUUAAAAACAAACAAACAAAAAAAAAGACUUAAGAUUUUUUUUUCUGUCCACAUACUUGUGUAUUGAACGCUAGGGGGUUUGUUGGCUUUUAGAAACUGGUGUUUAAAAAGAAAAAAAAACAGUUAAUAACAAGGGAGGCCACCUUUUUGUAAUCUUUUUAGAGUGAGGUAUAGCAGUUGUCAUCUACUAUGUCAAGCGCAUUAUAAUUGUUCAGCCAAACAAUGUCUUUAUUAGGAGAUCUAUGAUUCUUGUGGAGUGUAACUUAGAUUCCGUUGUGGAGUGUCUAGCAGUAUUUUGGGUGUUAGUCAUUUACUGUGACUACCAGUAGCAGAAAAACCCUGGCACUGCUGGUAGUUGCUCAGUGAACAGAUAUUUGUGGGUUCUCUGAAGCUUGAGCGGACACCAUGCUCGAUGCUCCAUGGACAACAAGCUGGACUACAGAAGGUGGAGAGGGUUUCCUGUCUCCCUAAGCCACGCAGCUGAUGGUGAUUGCAAGGAACAAGACAAUGACAAAGCAAUAUAUGGUCUUCAUUACAAUGAUGAAUGUAUGUAUGAUUUGAAAAAAAGCAAAAAGACAAACCAGUAUUGGCUUUAAGGUGAAUUUGUUAUCAUUUGAUAUGUUCUCUGGUGGCCACAUUUAUAAACUAUCUAAAGCCCAGAAAGGCUUGCUUUAUACAACUCUUUGUAUUUACAUGCUACAGGUGUGGGUUGCAAGCGUUACUAGCCUAUAAAAGACUGAAGUGAAGACAAAAAAGAGAAAUGUAGAAACUCUGAGGCCUUCUUUUUACAGAAGCAACAUUAAAUACAAUUGUAAUCUACUGUUUUUGACAAGAGAUGUGUUGAUUCUUCAUUAUUGUUCUGAGUUUUUGUAUAUCUGCUCCUAAGUCUUUUUUUUCUGUGCUGACUAUUUGAAGUGAGUGUGUUCAGAUUAUUUCACAUUCAACAGUUUUUUUCUAACCACUCAAACACUAUUUCAUAACAGCCAAACCAUAUCAUAAACCUAUUGCAGUUGAUGAUGUAGAUUAGAUUUAAGCAGGCAAACAAGACCUCUAGGUUACUGUAGCAAUGCAGAUGAAUUCAUUAAUUGGGACUUCAGAAAUGGGAUCUUUCUGACACAUGCUAAUUCUGUGUAAAAUAUAUUUCGUAAUAUAUUCCGAGGUGCAGCGUCUGAGCACAAUAGUCCAAUUGAGAACUAAGUGACUCUUUUUAAACAUCAAAUCUCAUUUAGGAAACACAGAUUGUGUUAGCCCAAGAAAAAUGAAUUUGCGGAUCAGGACCAUGUGCAUAUUGUGCUUACACUGUAUGAUAUCAAUAAAAAGACUUGUACUGUACAUAGAGUUACUGCUAACGUCAUUAGCUUUCAAUGAGGUGGUAGGUUUUGUCUCUGCACGUUAGCUCUUGCACAUUAUGAGAAUUUCAAUGGCACUACAGCUGCGUGCAUACUCAGUUUGUACUGAUACAGUAUUAUGGCAGUUCUCGGUAGACUAAACAAUAUAUAUGGAAUAGUCCUACAUGCAGAUCAUAUUUUCUACUGUGCUUUAAUGCUUAUAAAUGUGUAUGUUCAAUUAUUUACUCCCUGUACUGUAAUCUAAGAUACCCUGUAUUGUUUCCUACUUUGUGAAAUAUAUUUUUAUAAAUAUUGCCGAAUGAGUGUGCUUUUCUUAUACAGGCUAGAGGUCAACACUACAAAACGUUGAAGACAGUGCUACACAGCAAAAUCUCCAGUGUUAAAUUAACACUAGAGAGUGUCUACAUGG